AUGCUAUCCUUAACAAAAUUCCGUUCAUCAACUUCCAAAUUCUACUCAUCCCUAGUCACAGGCGUCUGCCUGUUCCUCUUCUACCCACUAGCAAAAGAAGCUGUGCUUAAGCUAAAAGCUGUACUUAGAAGAGCAGCUUGGAAAAGGAGGAGAGAAGUGAGGAGUAAGGAACAAGUGGCUGAAGAAGUUGUGAAGGAAAUUUUAGGUGAGGAUUUUGAAGGGAAGUGGCCGAUAGUGUAUAGUCCAGGGUAUAAUAUCACGGCUUUUGGGCUGGAAAAGGCUCAUCCCUUUGAUUCUCAGAAAUAUGGCAGGGUUUAUAAUUAUCUUGUUGAAUGGGGUGUUAUAUCUAAAGAGGAAAAGUUGUUAGCUCCUUUGAUUUGUUCAAGAGCUUAUUUAUAUGAAUCUUGAACAUUUUGGCACCUCGCCUUUCUAAAUUAUAGUAUUUAUAUUGGAAAAUGAGUAGAGUUGCCACUUUUUAUCCUCCCAGCUUGGGUCUUAAGAUGGAGAGCUUUAAAUCCAAUGCUUAGAGCAACCUAUGGAACAAUCUGUGCCUCCUUCAUGGCUAUCCAGAGAGGACUAGCCAUCAAUCUCAGUGGAGGAUAUCACCAUGCUUGUUGUAACCAAGGAGGUGGAUUCUGUAUUUACCCUGAUAUCACAAUAUCAAUAAAUCUCCUGAGAAGAUUCUGAGGAAUUAAAAGAGUCAUGAUUAUAGACCUUGAUGCUCAUCAGGGAAAUGGGCACGAAAGAGACUUCUUAGAUGAUAAUGAUGUCUAUAUCAUUGACUGAUAUCGUCCAGAUAUAUAUCCAGGAGACCAUGAUGUCAAGAGAGCUAUAAGCAAAGAACUUCAUGUGUAUCCUUCAGAUGAUGAUGAUUCCUAUCUUGAUAAAAUUCGCUGAAUUCCUCAAUGCAUUAGAGAGUUUGAACCUGAAUUCAUUCUCUAUAAUGCAGGAACAGAUAUUAUGGCAGGCGAUCCUCUAAGUGGCCUAAAUAUCAGUGAAAAUGGAGUUAUAGAAAGAGACGAACUGGUAAUCAACAGUGCCUUCGACAACAAUAUCCCCCUCUGUAUGGUCCUAUCUGGAGGUUAUCAAAAAUGCAACGCUGAGUGUAUAGCCAAAUCUAUCCAAAACGUAUUUGAGUUGUUAAGCUAAUCUUAGAU